AUGUUAGUUAGUGAUAAACAAGAGGCCAAGGAUGGCUCCAACAUGCACCUUUCUGAACCACAAGAGCAGUGGCACAGUAGGUCCUUCUUGUCCCUCUUUGAGCGGACCAGAAAAGUAGACCUGGAUGCUACAGCAACCACAAAGAGCGUCUUCGACGACCCAGUGCUGGCCAAAUACUACCUCCCGCAUCCACAAUAUGAAAACAUGCACCGAUUCGAUGCUGACUUCCGGUGGACCUAUCGGGAAGAGAUAGCUGUCAGACGCAAGACAGACCUCAAGAUCUUCCUCUGGAUCCUGGUGAUGUUUUUCGGCCUUAACCUUGACCGCGGAAACCUAGGUAAUGCAUCUGCCGAUAGUCUUCUGCAGGACCUGCACAUCAACACCAACGACUUUAAUAACGCGCAGAACAUGUACCGGAUCGGAUUUCUGAUUUCAGAAAUACCCUCUCAGAUGGUCGGCAAGCGACUUGGGCCUGAUCGUUGGAUCCCCGUGCAGAUCAUACUUUGGAGUCUGGCCUCGGGAGGACAGUUCUUCAUCCACAAUCGGGCGGGGUUUUUCGCUUGCCGGUUCUUCCUCGGGUUCUUCAUGGGCGGCUUCAUUCCCGACGCAAUCCUGUACCUCUCCUACUUCUACAAGAAGACCGAGAUGCCGCUGCGCCUCGCUUUCUUUUGGUUUGUCGACUCCAUUUCCGGGGUGAUAGCCUCUUUCAUCGCGUACGGGGUGCUGCACAUGCGCGGCGUGGCGGGACGAGCCGGUUGGCGGUGGCUUUUCCUCAUCGAGGCACUGAUCAGUUUGAUUAUUGGCGUUUUGAGCUUUCUGUUCCUUAUCCCUGGCCCAACCCAGACAGCCACCUGGUGGAACCCGAAGGGGUACUUCACCGAACGCGAGGAGAAGAUCAUCGUCAACCGAGUCCUGCGCGACGACCCGUCCAAAGGUGAUAUGCAUAACCGACAGGCGCUGAGCAUAGGGAUGCUCUGGCGCAGUCUCAAGGAUUAUGACCUCUGGCCCAUCUACAUUAUUGGCAUGUUGUUCGAGAUCCCAACCUCCCCGCCGAAAUCCUACCUAAGUCUUUCGCUUCGGGCCAUCGGCUUCUCGACAUUCCAGACGACCCUGCUGGGCAUUCCCGUCACCGUCUUCGCGGCAUUCAAUCUACUGGUUGUCACUGAGUUCACUGAACGCUUCCACCAGAUCGCAGCCAUUGGCAUCCUCACACAACUCUGGUCGCUCCCGCUUCUGAUCGUCCUAUACACUUCCGUCGAAGCCCUCUCUCACUGGGGCCUCUACGCAGUCACCUUUGUGCUCCUGGGCUGGCCCUCCCCGCAUGCAGCACAUGCUGGAUGGUGCUCGCGGCUGAGCAACGCUGUUCGCACACGCACAGUCAGCGCCGCACUGUACAACAUCACCAUCCAGCUGUCUGGGAUCGCCUCGUCAAAUAUCUACCGCGAGGACGAUAAGCCGUACUACCGGAGGGGGAAUUCACAGUUGAUUGCAAUCAAUGUUGCCACGAUCGUGGCGUACAUGUUGGCCAAGGGCUACUAUGUUGCCAGGAAUCGGUGGAAGAAGCAACGCUGGGAGGCGAUGAGUGAGAUUCAGAAGGCAGAGUAUCUCGAGACGACUACGGAUGAGGGGAAUAAGCGGUUGGAUUUUUUGUUCGAUAGUUAG